UUCACAGACAUUGAUUGUUGUCUUCCUCUCUGGCAUUCUCGCUUUGUCUCUCUCUCUUGGUCUCACAUUGGCAUGAAUCUCUCAAUCUCAUUCUCUUUCUCCUUCAUGUUGUUCUCAAUCUCUCAAUCCUAAUUCUUUCAAACUCGAUUGAAGGUACGCUCGCUCUCUCUCUCAGGUUUCUUUUUUUGUUUCUUCUUGUUUUCAGGUUUGAAUCUACACCUAGGGUUUCGAUCGAGUUCAAGGUACUCUCUCUUGGAAGUUCUGCUCUCUGUUUCUAUCUUCUUUUAUUUCUUCUUAUUUUGCGGUUUGAAUCUGCGCCUAGGGUUUGGAUCGACGAAUGACCCUUGCAAUUUCUAGGGUUUUCAAUUACAAUGACAUCACCAAUGGGUGAAUUGAAGAUGGACGAGAUGUCUCUCCCUGCUCUGUUCGAUCAAGCUUGAAAGAUGCAUCUAUCAGCUUCCGAAUCUGGCAUUGAUCAGGUUCAUUGCAGGAUGCAAUGGAGAAAGCUAUUAAAAACAAAGUUACUAAAGCAGUUGUUCCAGCAAUUGAUGUCAUGUUUCAAGCUUUAAGUGAAUUUGGGGCAAAGAUAGUACCCCCUAAAAGAAUUUUGAUGAUGCUGCCUGAACUCUUUGAUCACCAAGACCAAAAUGUUCGUGCUUCAUCUAAAGGAUUGACACUUGAGCUUUGUCGUUGGAUUGGAAAAGAACCAGUGAAAUCAAUAUUGUUUGAGAAAAUGCAGGAUACAAUGGUUCCAUCUUACAUUGGUUCGUAUUGCAACAGUAUGUUGCUGGAUGAUAUUCGAGAUUUGAUAUGGACAUGUUUGGUAAUUUGGAGGGCAAAUGGUAGCUCAUUUUGUGUUUUUGUUCAUAUUACCUUACAUAUAUUUUGGUUGCGUUGUAAAUUUUAUAUUUUUGUUUGUAUUACAGGGCAUGUUGGGUAAUCCGCCCUUGAUAUUUUAUUUUUGUUGAUAUUAGUAGACAUGUAUUUUGUUGGAUAUUAGGAGAUGUGUUUGGUAAUCUGCAUGCGGUUGAUAUUAUAUUUU